AUGCGCUUCCGCAGGGCUUGCCGCAUUGCGCCACUGUGCUCAAGUCGUGGCAGGCGAGCGUGCCGGCGCUCGGUGGCGGCAUCACUCAAGACCCUGCCUGCGCCGCCAUCAGCCACGCCCUGCCCAACCGCGCCGCCCGGGCUGGCUUACGUGACGCAGCAGUGGGUCAGCGCCAGCCUGCGCAGGCAGCAGCGGCAGGCAGAGGGCGAGCACCGGCCGGCGGCGGAGGCGGGCGCGCCCGCGGCGGCGCCGGCGCCCCAGCCCGCGCGGCCGCCCUCUGCAUACGAGGAGUGGCUGGGGCCGCUGUGGCGCCCAGAGUGCGCCGACAUGGAGUUUGCCGAGCUCAUGCUGCAGGGCGACUACGAUGAGCAGCGGUGCCAGCGCAUCGGCAAUGAGCCGGUGGUGCAGGCGCUGCGGGAGCUGCAGAAGUACGAGGCCGCCCUCAGCAGCCAGUUCCUGACAGACGCCCUGGGCAAGCAGGUGGUGAACCACAAGUCGCUGGCCUAUGCGCAUGCGGCGGCGGUGGUACGUACGUGCGCGUACCGCCUGUCGCCGCCGCUGCAACCGGGCAGGCUGCCAUACCUGGCAGACUCGACUGCGGAGGAGGUGAGCGAGAUACUGCUCACCGGCACCUGCGACAAACUGGAGCGGUUCAGGCGGGACGAGGCGGUGCGCGACUCCAAGGGCGUGCUGCGCCUGGACAGCGCCGGCGCCGCCACCCGCCGCCGCUUUGCCAGGCUGGUGGGCGUGGGGGCCAGCACGGCGCGCAAGUGGUGGGGCCGGGGGCUGAGUACGUGCGAGGAUGUGGAGGCGGCGGCCGCGGGCCAGGCAGCUUCCUGGCAGCCGCCGCUGGCGCUGACCGCGGCGCAGCGCUUUGGGCUGCGGUACCGCCGGGACCUGCUGGAGGGCAUCAGCGCCCAGGACUUGGCGGAGAUGCGGCAGGCGGUGGAGGCGGGGCUGCAGGCGGCGACCGGCGUGGGCGGCUGGCACGUGGAGGUGGUGGGCGGCACCCGGCGGCAGCAGCGGCCCCCGCCCCAAGCCCCGCAGCAGCAACGGCCGCCGCCCCAAGCCCCGCAGCAGCCGGAGCAGCAGCAGGGACAGCAGCAGCAGCAGGGACAGCAGCAGCAGCGGGAAGAGCAAAGGCAGGGAGAGGCCCGCCCAGGCCCGGAAGCGCCCGAACCCUUCGCCCCGCGCCGCUCUACACCCCCACCUGCCGCCGCCGGCGGCGGCGGCGGCGAUGGCGGUGGCGGCGGCGGCGGCGGCGACGGGCGGCACCCUCCCAAGGAGUCCCACCGUGACCUUCCCCACCACGAUGCCGACUUUGUGGUGUCCCACCCCACCUAUGCCUGGCCCGACGACUUGAUAGACCGGCUGCGAGAUGAGCUGCUGGACGCGCGGCGCAUCGUGCCGGCCGAGCAGGGUGCCAUGUGCAUGCUGCAGAAACACCGCGCCGCUGACCUGGAGGCCAAGGUGGUGAUGGAGGAGCUCACGGCCGCAGACCUGGCGCCCGAGGGACCGCAGGGCACCGUGGCGUCAGACAGGCUCGACCACAUGUUUGUUGUCUUCCGCACCGGCGCCGGCAGGCUGCGGCGCAUGGACGUCAUUCUGGCCACCCCCGCCCAGCUGCCCUACGCACUCAUCGGCUGGAUCGGCAGCGCUCAGUUCAACAGGUUCCUGCGCCGCCACCUCAACCGCCUCCACAUGCACCUCAACAGCCAAGGGCUGUACCGCAUUUUGGAUGGCCGCGUGGUGCGGGUGCCAGAGGGCGCGCCGCCGCUGGACAAGCACGGCCACGGCUGCUGGCCGCCGGGCUGGGGACCCUGCAGCGCGGCAUCAGGUGGAGGGCAGGGCGACGAGGCGCCAGGGGCAGGAGCGGGAGCAGGAGGGGCAGCAGCGGCGGCAGCUGGGCCCGGGGGAGGCAGACCAGGAGGAGCGGUAGGGGGAGGUGGCACCAGCAGCGGCAGCGACAGCGGUAGUGGCAGCAGCCGUGGCAGCAGGGCGGUGCGGAGCCAGCGGGACCUGUUUGAGCUGCUGGGGCUGCCAUACCGCGAGCCGUACCAGCGGGACUGCCCUUGA